UUCUUGGUGGCCUUCCAUCAGAACAAGCAGCUGAUUGGAGACAGGGGACUGCUGCCCUGCAGAGUGUACCUGAGGAGUGUGCAGCAGCACUUCCGUGGGCAAGUCAGCUGGGAGACCGUGAGCUAUGCCCCCACCGUCCUCUGGCUGCUGGACUGGUCUCACAUGGACUUCAACCUGGACGCGCUGGCUCUUCUUGGGCUGGGCAUCUCCUCUUUCAUCCUGGUCUCCGGCUGUGCCAAUAUGGUUCUCAUGGCUGCUCUCUGGGUCCUCUACAUGUCCCUGGUCAACGUGGGGCAGAUCUGGAUGGGAGUCCCAGCUUCUGGAGACAGGCUUCCUGGGGAUUUUCCUGUGCCCUCUCUGGACUCUGUCUCCAUUGCCCAGGGGGACCCCCACGUCCCGGAUCGUCCUGUGGGGCUAUCGGUGGCUGAUUUUCAGAAUCAUGCUCGGAGCGGGCCUGAUCAAGAUCCGGGGGGACCAGUGCUGGCGGGACCUCACCUGCAUGGACUUCCACUACGAGACGCAGCCGGUGCCCAACCCCGUGGCCUACUUCCUGCACCACUCCCCAUGGUGGUUCCACCGCUUCGAGACCCUCAGCAACCACUUCCUGGAGCUCGUGGUGCCCUUCUUCAUCUUCCUCGGACGGCAGAUGUGCAUCCUCCACGGGGCCCUACAGAUCCUGUUCCAGAUGGUCCUCAUCAUCAGCGGGAAUCUGAGCUUCCUGAACUGGCUGACCAUUGUGCCCAGCCUUGCCUGCUUCGAUGACGCCACUCUGGGCUUCCUGUUUCCCUCGGGGCCCGGCUACCUCAAGGACCAAGUCCUGAGGAUGCAGGAGGAGGAAGCUCGAGGGGCCAGGACCCCACGGACACGCGCAGGCAGCGUGGCACGGCACACAGUCAACCUGGCGAUGGGCGUCCUGGUCGCCUGGCUCAGCGUCCCCGUGGUCCUCAACUUGCUGAGCCCCCGGCAGGUCAUGAACAGCUCCUUCAACCCUCUCCGGAUCGUCAACACAUAUGGGGCCUUCGGCAGCAUCACCAAGGAGCGCACGGAGGUGAUCCUGCAGGGCACCGCCAGCCCCAAUGCCAGCGCGCCAGACGCCAAGUGGGAGGACUACGAGUUCAAGUGCAAGCCCGGUGACCUGAGGCGGCGGCCAUGCCUCAUCUCCCCGUACCACCACCGCCUGGACUGGCUUAUGUGGUUUGCCGCCUUCCAGACGUACGAGCACAACGAGUGGAUCAUCCACCUGGCAGGCAAGCUCCUGGCCAACGAUGCCCAGGCCCUAUCCCUGCUGGCCCUUAACCCCUUCGCAGGCAGGGCACCCCCCAGGUGGGUCCGGGGAGAGCACUACAGGUACAAGUUCAGCCGCCCCGGGGGCACGCACGCUGCUGAGGGCAAGUGGUGGAUCCGGAAGAGGCUCGGCCCCUACUUCCCCCCGCUCAGCUUCCAGGACCUGAAGGGCUACUUCAGGUCACGGGAGUGGCCAUACCCCAAACCCGAAUAGAGGUGGCCCAGGGCUUGUGCCCCAAGAAAUAAAGUGGGGUCUCCACAAGGACAUCCAGGGAAGCCAACCCGGAGAGGAGGGGCUGCCAGGGUCCCGGGUGGUCGUCUGUGCUUCCUGUCUCCCCACGGUCAGUCCCCAUGGUUCCCAAGUCUCUUCGCUCUGGGUUCGUCAGAGGACUCCCCAGAAAGCCCCAGCCCUGCUCCACCCUGAUUGUGCCCCUUGUCACCAGGCCCCCCCCCCAGACACCAGCAUCCCGAUGUUGCACCCAGCUCUGGUCUGUCCCAGGACCACCUGCCCAUGUGGCCAAGAGGAAAGCCUGCCUCUCGUCUCUGCUCCCCACCGCAUGCAGGAGGGUCCUGCGCGAGGAAGUAGUCAGGGCUCCCUCUCAGAACCCACAUGCGCCCACACGUGCUCUUCUCCACAGUGACCAGCACCUGAAGGUGUGGACAGAGGGCCUCUGUCCUCCUUGGGUGGGCCACCCCCACCAGCCCUGAGUGAGGCACCUCCUCCCCUCCUUUGUGACCACGUUGCCCAGUCUCAUACCUGGAGCCUCCUGCUCCCUGACCUAGGGUGUGAGGACGGGACAGCAGAGCAGUCAGCCCCAGCUGGGGCACCAGGGUCCCCAGGGCAGCGAUUCUGAGGCCCAGUCACUGCAGGUUGAACUGGAUUAAUGGUGUGUUGCUUGGCAACCCUACUGGGCUGUGGCCCAGAACCUCUACGGCCUGAUGUCAGCGGUGAGUGGACACCACCUGCCCCCCACCAUCCGGGGUGCCUGCCGCGCUGUGGAGGGUCCCGGCAGGAAUGAGGUGGUUCAGGCUAGGCGGCCAGGCUGAGGUGGGCACGAGUGUGGAUCUGUGUGGAGCCCCCCCGCCUGCCUGGGGGCCUGGCCGGCCCAGGUGCCAACAAGAGAGGCUGUGUUCCUCCUCGCAGGCUAACAGGCGCCCUGUGUCUGUCGCAGGACAGACAGGGCCUCAGACAAGGAGCCUGGAGCCAGCAAGU